GAUUCCGAAUAAUAAAUAUAUAACAUAGCCUUUAGGUAUAUAAUAAUGUAUUAUUCUGUUCUGUAGUAUAUACUAUAAUAUACUGUAUACAUCCGUGAUCAUAACUCACAACUCACAAAAUAUUUGAUAUUUGAUCAAAUUUUUGUUUAUUUAUAAUCGGAAUUCUGUUAUUCAAUAACAGAUAAUAGUUCAAUAAUAAUAAUUAACUUAAAGUUAGUAAAGUAGUGAAAUACUGAAAGUCGAAAACUAAUCCUUCUUAUAUCAUAAUUUUUGUUUGUUUAUAAUAUUAAAUUGUUUAAUGCUAUAGCCUAUAGAUUUAUACUAUACACAAUGCCUUUGCCUCCAGCUCUGGCUAAAAAGUUGGCAACCCGUGGAAUACUCACCGAAAACGAAGCAAAGAAUAACACAAAAGAAGUCGAAGAAGAGGUAAUUGCAGAAUGUUAUGAUGAUAUUGAUGAUGCAAAUGAUAACUCAGGUUCAGAUUCACAAGAUAGUGAUGAAGAAAAUGAUAAACCAGAUCCUAAAGUAUUGGAUAAAUUUAAAGGUCAUCAUGGUUGUCCAAACAAGUCAAAUGUAUAUCAUGAAUGCACCAAGUUUUGUGAACAGAGGUGGAGAAAUGGUAUUAAACGACCAAGGAAUGGAUAUUUAAAAUCUAGAAAUGCUAUGUUAGAAAAGUUUCCUUUACCUAAGAAUUGGCAUGAAGUGUAUGAUCCUGGAACUGGCAGAUUUUAUUACUGGGAUGUAAUAAAUGAUUCAGUUUGCUGGUUACCACCUAGCCACCCUCGUUCAAUUGUUACUGAUUCUGUUGCUCAAUUUCGGUUUGAACGUCAUGCUAUUAUGCAAAAUAUGGAUAAAAAGACUUCAGAUUCAGAGAGUAGUAGUGAUGAUAGCGAAGAUGAACGGCAAAAAAGUCAAAGAAAAAAAAAUCCUAUGCUACCACCUGUUCAAGAAAUCCGAGCCAAAGAAGUGAGAUAUGAUCGUGAACCAAAACGUAAAGAUCCUCCAAGAAGAGUAACAAAAGCCAAUGAUCUUGAUCCUAUGGAUCCAGCCGCUUAUUCAGAUAUUUCCAGGGGUUCUUGGAGCGAUGGCCUAACAGUUGAAGCUAAGUCAGGGGUGGACACUACAGCAUCAGGACCACUAUUUCAAAUGCGACCAUACCCUAGUCCAGGUGCAGUUUUGCGAGCUACAUCUAGCCAAACUAAGCGUAAAUAAAAAAAAAAAGAAACUGUAUAUUGUCUUUAAUUUCUAUAUUUUACUAAAAUUUUCAAAUUCAAAUUAUAAAACAAGACAAAUAAAUGUAAUAAUUAAUACAA